UGGCUGAGAAUUUCGGAGUAGAGCCUGUGGAGGGAUUUCCUUCCCUUGAAAGAAAUAAGAGGAAGGAAAAGCAUCUUGGAUACGGUUGGGUUCUUCACCAGAGUGGUUCCAGCAUGGAGAGACCCAACUCACGUGGGCCUGAAGCAGGACCUGGGGGCAGUGGGGAAUCCUGGGAAAGAACCAGACAUGAGUCCCUGAGUGUGGACCUUGACAGCUCGGACACACAGCGCCAGCGCUUCAGGCAGUCCUCCUACCAAGAGGGUGAAGGACCCAGAGGGGUUUGCAGUCGUCUCCACGAUCUGUGCCGCCAGUGGCUGAAGCCAGAGCAGCACACCAAGGCCGAGGUGCUGGACCUGGUGACCCUGGAGCAGUUCCUGAGCAUCCUGCCCCCAGAGAUGGGGAGCUGGGUCCGAGAGUGUGGGGCAGAGACCUGUUCCCAGGCGGUGGCCCUGGCGGAAGGCUUCCUCCUGAGUCGGGCCGAGGACAAGGAGCAGGAAGGACAGGCCCAUAACAAUAACUCCAUGGAAGUCCCUGCACCAGAGGAAUCUCCACCAGACACCACCCAGAGUCUCAGGCAGAAGGAGCUGAAGCGGGAAGGAGACGGGGCUGCCGCCUUGCAGGGUGAGAAGGGACUCUUCAGGGAGUUUUGGGGGUUUGUGCCAGUGGAAAUCCCACUUUGGGGGGAUGAUUGCACACCCACAGUUUGAGCUUCAGAAGGUGAAGGAUCAUUUGGCCUUGAGAUGGGUAUA